CGGCAUUAUUAAAAUAUUUAUGUGUUUGUUUACCGGCUCAGUAUUAAUUUCUAAAAUGUCGGAAGAAAAUGGCGCUAAUUUUGAUUUAUCACAGCUAAGAAACCUUGUUCGACAAUAUAUAGAUCAACAUAUGUACAAAACAGCAUUAUUUUGGGCUGAUAAAGUGUAUACAUUAUCAAAAAGAGAACCUCAGGAUUGUCUGUGGUUUGCUCACGCUUUGUUUCUCACAAAGCAGUUUUCCAGGGCUGUUCAUCUUCUUAAAUCAAACGAUCUUAUUAUUAAAAAUUCUGCUGCUAAAUACUUAGCUGCUCGUUGUUUAUACGAAGAAAAAGAGUUCAAAGCUGCACUUGAAAUACUAGAAUCAGAAACCAAUGAUAAUAAGUUAGAAUUCAGAAUUCAAAAUGGAGGUAGUUUAUCAGUUGACAGAAAUAGUAGCAGUAGUAGUAGCUCGUCAGUUUUUGCUAUUCAUAGUAAUAACAGGAAACUUGAAAGUUCUAUAGCUCUUCUUAAAGGAAUGAUUCAUGAAAAUUUUGAAAACAAGGUACUUGCAACUAAGUACUAUAAAGAUGCCCUUCAACAUGAUGUUUAUUGCUUUGAAGCAUUUGACAAUCUUAUUUCUCACAAUAUUAUGAAUACUUCUGACGAGUUUUUGUUUCUUCAGACUCUUCCUUUUUCUCAACAAUGCAGUUUAGAAGAAGAAAAAUUACUUAAAGUUGUUUAUGGGUGUAAAAUUAAUAAGUUUUCUUUACCAAUUCAUGAAAAACUUCCAUCAUAUCUUGAAUUACUCAAAGAGAAUUUAGAUUUUAUAGUAUGCAAUGCAGAACAGUAUUUUAAUAAUUACCACUACCAGGAGGCAUUUCAAUUGGCAUCUUUUGUUUAUAAAACUGAUCCUUUACACGAAUCAUGUUUACCUUUGUAUAUAUCAUGUUUAGUUGAAUUUAAAAUGAAGAAUGAACUUUAUCAUGUUGCAAAUAAAUUAGUUAAUAACUAUCCUUACAAAGCAGUGUCGUGGUUUGCUGUAGGUUCUUAUUACCUAAUUAUUAAAAAAAAUGAACCUGCUAGAAAAUAUUUCAGUAAAGCUACUUCAAUUGAUAUAAAUUUUGGUCCAGCUUGGUUAGGAUUUGCACAUAGUUAUGCUAGUGAAGGUGAGCGGGAUCAAGCUAUAUCUGCUUAUUUUAGUGCAUCCAAAAUAAUGCCAGGAUCUCAUCUUCCAUAUUUAUAUUUAGGUCUUGAGUAUUCUCUGUCAAAUAAUUUUUCCUAUGCUAGCAAAUUUUAUAAAGAAGCCCUUGCAAUAUCUCCAGAUGAUUUACAUAUCAGAAUUGAGCUUGCAGUGCUUGGAUAUGAAAAUGGAGAGUAUAAGCAAGCUGAGCUAUAUUUGUUAACUUCUUUAGAAAAAAUUGAAAAAAUAGAUUGCAAUGCAUCAGACAUAAUAGAACCUCUUUAUAUUAAUCUUGGACAUGUAUCACGUAAGCAAAAAAAAUUUGAUGAAGGAAUUAUGUAUUACCAAAAAGCAUUACUGUUUAAUCCCAAAUGUUCCAGCACUUAUGCAUCGAUAGGUUUGUGUUUUCUUUUAAAAAAACAUUUUAAAAGUGCUGUGGAAUAUUGUCAUAAGUCAUUAGCAUUAAAAAAACAUGACACAAUAGCAAUACAACUCCUUGAACAAGCACUUGAUUGCUUAUCACAUUCAAAAGACCAUUUUCUCCUUGAUGAAGAGAUUGUUUAUAAUAGCAAAUCUGAAUCCAGACUUUCAUCUUCAUCCAUUGAUUUAAGUUGUGUUUCCAAUAAUCCUACUCCAUCAACAGAAACACUUGAAUCAUCAACUAUAGAAAUGACUGAUAGUUUGUAAAAUAUCCUGUGUAUAGUUGUGAGCUAAGAACAUGCAAGAAGAUAUUGAAGCUAAAGAGAGACAUUUAGAUCCUGCUUACUUAGAAAAGAUUAAUCAUUUUAAAAAAGUUAUUCAGUUGGAAUAUGUUCGUAUUUGU